CGAGUUAGUUGCUGCUCACGGGUCGCAAGUGUCUGUGCUGCAGCUGCAGCAGCAGCAGCAGCGUGUGGGGCCGGCUUUGCUGCUGUCUCUUCCUAAUAAUGAGGAGACAGUACAUUCGUUGCUGCUGCAGCACGAAAGAAGGAGACUCUUUGUCGGCUACCAGGUUCAUCAGCUGCUUUCACAAGACGAAGGGGAUUGCAUCAUUAGCGGAGGAGACAGCGGGACAAUCAAAGUAUGGCAGCUGCCUCCCGAAGCCUCUUUAACUCGUUGGGGUGUAUAUACACCGCAGCAGGCGACAGAGGAGACGAACAAUUUGCAUGCAGCAAAAAGACAAACAGAUUUUGAUUUCAUUGAUGAAGACGAUGAACAGCAGCAGCAGUACCAGCAGCAGCAGCACCAGCAGCAGCACCAGCAGCACCAGCAGCAGAAAGAGCAGCAGCAUUUAGACUGGGGUGCUGCGGCACGCAGCCGCAGCACCAACCCGAUUCUGCUGCAGCGCUGCAGCAGCAGCUCAGAGGAUGAGGACACCCCGCAGCAGCAGCAGAAGCAGCAGCAGCAGCAGCAGCUACAGCAGCAGCAGCAGCAACAGGAGCAUCAGCAGCAGCAGGAGGAGGAACAGCCGCCACUGCUGGUGCAGCAAGAAGACAGCAGCGAUGAGGAGUUGGAUGAUAUACGCAGCGCCUUGGCCUAA